AUGCCUCCUUCCCGUCCCAUCGACGUCUCGCUGUCCGAGCUGCACCUGACGGGCAUCCCCGGGCUGCAGCACCUGCACCGCUGGAUCGCCAUCCCCUUCUGCACCAUGUGUGUCAUCACACUGGCUGGGAGCAGCACCCGCCUCUGCGUGAUCAAGGCAGAGUCCAGCCUGCACCUGCCCAUGUUCCCCUUCCUGUCCAUGCUGGCUGUCAUCGACCUGGUGAUGUCCACCUCCAUCACCCCCAACACGCUGGGCAUCUCCUGGUUUCACUCCACUGCCAUCAGCCUGGACGCUUGCCUCACCCAGAUGCACUUUGUUCACGCUUGCUCUGUGAUGGAGUCGGGGGUGCUGGUGGCUAUGGCCUUUGAUCGCUACGUUGCCAUAGGCAAUCCCCUGCAGUAUUUGUCCAUCCUGGCCAGCCCUGUCGUGGCUGCCGUUGGCUUGGCCACCUGGCUCAGAGCUGUGGCUUUCACGAGCCCCCUCACCGUCUGCAUUCACCGCCUGCCUUUCUGCGCUCCGGCGCUUGUGGCCCAUUCGUGCCGUGAGCCCAUGGCGGUGCUCAGAGUGGCCUGUGGUGACACGGCCUUCUGCAACGCCUACAGCCUCUCCCUCUCCACCGUGGUGGGCAGCUGUGACCCGCUGCUCAUCGUCCCCUCCUACAUGCUCGUCCUCCGAGCCGUGUUCAGCAUCUCCCGCCCAGAGGCCCGCAGAAAGGCCUUCAGCACCUGCGGCUCACACCUUUGCGUCAUGGCCCUCGUCUACGUCCCCGGGCUGCUCUCCAUGCACGUGGAGAGGUACUGCCAGCAGCUCCCGCCCCACGUCCGCGUCCUGCUGGCUGAUCUCUACCUCCUCAUCCCUCCAGCCUUCAACCCCCUGAUCUACGGCAUCAAGACAAAGCAGAUUCGUGACGGAGCACUCAGAGUGAUCUCCCGGAGGAGACGGUGA